AUGUGCGAAGAUGUGCAUUCUUUACAUUUUCAAAAGUCGUUUUGCACUUCGGCAAAUCGAAUCAACUCCGAAAGCCCCCACCCGACUACCAACCGCAUCCCCUCAGUACUGGCUCGUUUUUACCGCCACUCCAUUAACACUUCCCCCUACACCCAUCCUCCUAGACACAGUUCUAAUUCUCAGAUUCCUCGGCGAAGUUCACUCUCUCCCUCAUCCUUUCUUUAUGUUUGCUCUCCCUUCUGUUUUCUUGUCUCCCUCGCCUUACUCUCCACCACCUUGCUCUUCAAUUUUUGUAUAUUUCUUAAAAGAUUUCUUCCAUUCUUCAUCCUUCCGCAUUUUUUUCUUACUUUUAAAAAUCUUUUUCUUUGUCUUUCACUGGCCAACAUCCUCCCUGUCUUCCAACAGCACCCCCACUCACAAACCCUCCCCGCUACCAUCAUCAUCAUCCCCUAUAUUCCAAGCAACGUCAGCAGCAAAUCCACCAUUUGUGUCAGCCACUUCAUCCUACUAGCCUCCUCCUCCUCUGUCACAUUAACACCUUCUCCUUCACCAUUACGCCAACAAGGGUUAUUAGCACGACCCCCUAAAGCCGUCAGCCCCAACUCUGGAGAAAAGUCUAUCCACCUUACUUUCCUUUUCCAUUUUGGUGAGAGAGUUUGCCGACCGGCCCAUUCUAUCCUGAUGUCGUGUGGCGAUGAUCACAAGGAUCCUCAAAUAACGUAUCUCUACUCUCAACUCUCUCUCUCUCUCUCUAUCUAUCUAUCUCAACUCUCAACUCUCUGUCUGUCUAUCUGUCUCUCUCUCUCCCUCUCUCUCUCUCCCUUUCUCCUUGAUUUAUUUUCCUUCUUUCUCUCCUUCCUUCCUUCCUUCCUUCCUUCCUUCCUUCCUUCCUUCCUUCCUUCCUUCUCUUUCUUUUCUUUUCAUUUCUUCUUUCUCUCAUGCCUUCCUUCCUUCCUUCCUUCCUUCUCUUUUCUUUUCAUUUCUUGUCCUUUCUCCUUUCCUUCCUUCCUUCCUUCUUUUCCUCUUCUCUUUCUUUUUCUUCCUUUCUUCUCGUUUUCUUUCCUUUCUUCCUUCUCUCUUGUCCUUCCCUCUUUUUCUUCUUUCUCUCUUUCCUUCCAUCUUUCCUUCUUUCCUUCCUUCUUUCUUUCUUGCCUUUCUUCCCUUCAUUUCCUUCCUUCUCGUUAUCUUUCUUUCCUUCCUUCCUUCCUUCUCUUAUCCUUCCUUCUUUCCUUCUUUCUCUCCUUCCUUCUCUUCCUUCCUUCAUUCUCUUUUUCCUUACUUCGUUCUCUCAUGACUUUCUUCCUUCAUUCCUUCCUUCUCGUUUUCCUUCCUUCCUUCCUUCCUUCUUUCUAUAUUGCCUUCCCUCAUUCUCUCUUCCUUCCUUCCUUCCUUCCGUUCUUUCUCUCCUUUUCCUUCUUUCCUUCCUUCCCUUCCUUCCUUCCUUCUUCUUUUCAUUUCUUCUUUCUUCCUUCCUUCCUUCCUUCCUUCCUUCCUUAUUUCUUGUCGCUUUCCUCUUUUCUAUCCUUCUUUCUCUCUUGCUUUUCUUCCUUUCUUCUCGUUUUCUUUCCUUUCUUCCUUCUCUCUUGCCUUCCGUCUUGCCUUCUUCCUCUCUUUCCUUCCAUCUUUCCUUCUUUCCUUCCUUCUUUCUUUCUUGCCUUUCUUCCUUCAUUCCUUCCUUCUCGUUUUCUUUCUUUCCUUCCUUCCUUCUAUCUUGCCUUCCUUCUUUCCUUCUUUCUCUCCUUCCUUCCUUCCUUCCUUCUCUCUUUUCCUUACUUCGUUCUCUCUUGA